AUGCGGCUGACGCGGCGGCGGCUGUGCUCGCUGCUCGCCGCGCUGUACUGCCUCUUCUCGCUCUACGCCGCCUACCGCGUCUUCCUCGGGCACGGCCGCCGGGCGCCCCCCGCGUCUCCGCGCGGCCCGAGGGCGGGCGCGUUCCCGGCGCGGGAGCGGGAGCUGGCGCGGCGCGGCCGAGGACAGUCCACGCUGGGCGGGGAAGAAUGGAACCCUUGGGAAGGCGACGAGAAAAAUGAGCAACAACACCGGUUUAAGACUAGUCUCCAUAUAAAUAAGUCCACGAGAGGAAAACCGGACUUGCGCGUGCAGAUCUGGGGCAAAGCUGCCAUCGGUUUGUAUCUCUGGGAGCAUAUUUUUGAAGGUGUUCUUGAUCCUGCUGAUGUGAGCGCUCAGUGGAGAGAGGGAAAUUCAGUUGUAGGAAGAACACAUUACAGUUUCAUCACAGGCCCUGCUGUGGCCCCGGGAUACUUCUCCAUUGACGUGGACAACGUGGUUCUCGUGUUAAAUGGACGAGAGAAAGCAAAGGUCUUUUAUGCCACCCAGUGGCUGCUUUAUGUACAAAAUUUAGUACAAACUCAAAAACUGCAGCAUGUUGCUGUUGUUUUGCUUGGAAAUGAACAGUGUAAUAAUGAAUGGAUAAGCCAGUUCCUCCAAAGAAACGGAGGCUUUGUGGAGCUGCUUUUCCUCAUAUACGACAGCCCCUGGGUUAACGGCGUGGAUGUUUUCCAGUGGCCGCUAGGAGUAGCCACCUACAGAAAUUUUCCGGUGGUGGAAGCAAGUUGGGCAAUGCUCUAUAAUGAAAGACCAUACGUAUGCAAUUUCCUAGGAACCGUUUAUGAAAAUUCAUCCAGACAAGCACUGAUGAACAUUUUGAAAAAAUACCAGAAUGAUAAACUUUGUUGGGUUUCACCAAGAGAACAGUGGCAGCCUCAGGAGACAAACGAAAGCCUGAAGAACUAUCAAGACGCGUUGCUGCAGAGCGACCUCACGCUGUGCCCCGCGGGCGUGAACACGGAGUGCUACCGGAUCUACGAGGCCUGCUCCUGCGGCUCCGUCCCGGUGGUGGAGGACGCCAUGACCGCAGGCAGCUGCGGAAACACGUCUGUGUCCCACAGCGCGCCCCUGAGGUUGCUCAAGGCCAUGGGCGCCCCCUUUAUCUUUAUUAAAAACUGGAAGGAACUUCCUGCUAUUUUAGAAAAAGAAAAAACUAUAAUUUUACAAGAAAAGAUUCAAAGAAGAAAAAUGUUACUUCAUUGGUAUCAGUACUUUAAAACAGAGCUUAAAAUGAGGUUUGCCAGUAUUUUAGAAAGUUCAUUUUUAAUGACCAAGAAUUAACUGUUAAUUCUUUUAGAGCAAAGAUCUGAUUUUUUAAAGCACUACUAAUACUGUACAGAGGGUGUGUGUGUGGGGGCGUGUGUGUGUAUGUGUGUAGAUGCUCUUUGAGGUGCCCUCAGGGGCCCGGGGUUGUGUCCUGUCAUGCUGUCCCUGUGCUUCCUUACCCGACAGCCACUUCAGAAAAUAAAAUGUUUCUCCGCUCACUUCUGCAAGGUGACUG